AGUGAGGGCGGCCGCACAUUAUACGUCUGGACAGGUGGCAGUAAGUUACGACGCGAGGUAGGUACGAUCACCGCGGCAGCACUCCGACGCCGCCGCUGCUUACGUCACCUUUACGAGCGGCCGGGAGCUUAACGAGGUAUUGAAUUCACGUUGCUAAAUCCACCUCGCUUCAAAAUGCGGCAGGACACACCCUCGCAGCCCCGGCCAAGGAGUGCGGGGUGGGUAGGAUGCCUCGUGGGGACUCCUGCAGCGGGGAGGGCAGGAACACACGCACUUAAUCCCUGGGAAAUGUAUCGAUUUUAGUGGCGGAGCGUCGCUAAACAUUAUGGUCGGGAAAGGAGUAUUGACGAAGGCUAGUUGCGACGCGGCCUCGUCUCAUAAACCAGUCGCAUUUCAGAUUCCCGACUUGAGGUAGUGUUUUCACCUGCAUUUAAAAACUCAACCCUUCCCUGCCCCUAUUCAACCGUGAGGGGCGUGUAGGGUGAUGGAGAGGGCUGGUGACGGAGGCGGCGAGGGCGUGGGGCGGCAGAAGAGGCACCGCUCACGUAACUUCACCAAGCAAGAGAAGCAGGUAUUCUACGCGGUGUUCUCCCGGUACGCUGCCACUAUCAACGACAAACGCUCAUCAGUCGACAGUGUCAGACAGGCGUGGGAUCAGCUGCUGAAUGACUACAACAAACAGCGCAACGUGUACCCGCGCACUCGACGCCAGCUGCAGGUGUUGUGGCGAGACGAGAAAUUCAGAGCGAAGAAGAGAUGUCGGAAGGAGCAGACAUCAGAGGACGAUAAAAUAGCAGCAGAAGAAAGAGGCGGAAGGGAAGACAACGAAGAAGAGGAGGAGGAGGAAGAGGAGGAGCCAGGAGGAGGAGGAGGAGGAGGAGGAGGAGGAGGAGGAGGAGGAGGAGGAGGAGGAGGAGGAGAAGGAGGAGGAGGAGGAGGAGGCAGUCUUCUCGCGCCCCUACUCACAAUCAUUAAGCGGGAACACGAGGCCUUCACCGCCGCCGCCGCUGCCCAGAGCCGCCCCUGCCCCUCUGAAGGCCCCUCCCCCUCCUCCACCACCCCCAGCGCCCUCCAUCUCUCCCCGGCAGCGUCGCCCCAGUACGCCAUGAACUCCACGGAGGAGGAAGGACCCCCCAGCCCCCUGCCGGUGGAGACGCAGCUGGAGUCCUGCAGCAGUGACUCCCCCCUUAUCAAGCAGGAGGAAGAGGAGGAGGAGAAGGAGACGGAGGAGGAGCCCUCACUUCCCCGCCUCCUCCCAGGGUGGGGGGCGCGGCUGUCCCCGCAACGCUGGCCCCUCGCCAACGGCCCCGCCACGCACUCCCCCGCCAGCGAGGCCAGGGAACGCGAAUAUCACAAGGCCCGCAUGGCACAACUUCGGGAGGAGGGGACGGCGCGACUAAGACUGCUGGAAGCGGAGCUGGCCCUGCACCACCAGGAGCGGCACAUCCGUCAGCAGGAGCACCAGCUGAGGAUGCAGAUACUCAUGGAGAGGCUGAGAAGGAUGCGGGAAGGACGCGUGGUGGAUGAACAGUAACUGAAGCAGUGGCUAGAGGGCAAGAUAUCAUGAAUGUUAGUGUGAUUAUACCCACAGCAAUUUCCUGCUUUGCAGUAUGCACCUUUCUAAUUCUUGCUUCAAGAACAGCAUGCAAAAGAACAGCUCAGUUUGGGAUGCAGUUCCAAGUCUGUUUGACAUGCCCAGUCAUCCCCCUGCAGAUCUUCCUGGAGGAAAUCACCAACACCCUAAGAAGAGGAACAUUGUAAAUCAGGGUGGACUUGAAGCUUCAGAAGUGCAAGAUGGCAUGUCUCAGACGGAUCCAGGUAAUAAAGUGAGACUGCUUCAAGCCAAGGUGUCAGCAAGGCAAAGCUGCACUGCAUCCCAGGUGCACCUCUCCCUUAAGGUUCAUGGCAAGGCUUUCCACUACCUCCUGGACAUGAAAGGCAACUGUUUGAUUACUCUGCAGGCAUCAGGAGAAACUGAGCCUAGUGAGAAACAAGCAGGACAGGGAGCUGUGUUGAAUUAUGGAACAAAGGGAGGUAGAGGCCAGGGCUGUCCACUGGCCCUUCACUGCAGGGAUGACUGUGGUGGACCAGUGAAUGUUGUGUGGGGAAGAACACAACAAGAAUGAUGUGCAAAAAGAUAUUAUAGGCCAUUCAGUUCAGUUUAGUGCCAUUCCUCCCUUUCAGCCAGCCAUUGCCUUGAGUACUACUUGGUUAAGAGUAAGUGCUGAAGUUACCACCAAGAUGGUUAAGACUAUGUGCUGUCACUGAAAUGUAGAGACAAGAGUUGUUACACUGAGAAUGUAGAUACAAGUUAAAUGGAAAAUUAAGACACAUACAAAGCUGUACUUGUAAUUGUUUUUUUCUUUUUCUUUUCACUGUAUAAAACAUGCAGCAUUAAAAUUGAUGUUCACUGAUAAUGCCUUGUUUAACUUCAGCUGUGUAAGUGUGUGAUGUAAUUUUCCUACAAUCUCAACAGGAAGUGGUUAGAGGAACAUUUUUAAGAUCUAUCAUGUUUGAGCACUGUUAUAAGCCUUGUUAUAUUCACCAAAACAUAAAGCAGACAGGCUGACUUACAUGUGAACGGUGUACACACCAUGCUGCACCAAGAGUAAUAGAUACUUUUAUAUGCAGCAGCUGUUGUAAAUAAUCAUAACGUUAUUAAAUGUUUUCAUACAUAAUUUUGGCCUGUAAAAUUGUACCUUUCAAAGUCAAGCUGAUUUCAAGUCAAUUAAAAAAAAGGAUAAUAAUUAGACUUUAUUAAAUCUUCUCAAACAUUUUAAAGCUCUUCAAAAAUAUAUGUAUAGGUAUGGCACUGAAGGGCUUUUAAAACAUAUUCUUCAGACUUUAUCUGAACCAACUGACAAUCUGACCUUUGAUUAGCUUUCUCACUGGAACAAUUGAAAAAAUCUGUUCUAUGACUAUCUACCUCACUGAAAGAAUUCAAAAUGUUCUAUAACCAUUUUAUCUCGUUCAAGCAAUUAAAAAUCUGUAUUGCAACUUUGUUUAUUUUAUUCAAGCAGUAAAAAAUCUGUAAUGGAA